AUGCAGCACGAGCACAAGGACAGCGACCUCCCAGAAAUUCACCGAUACAUCACCACCCACAGCACAGAAGGCGAAGCAGUGUUUCUAUCUCAUGCCCAAGUCCCAGACUAUAUGCCGUCAAGGCCAGCAGGCUCAGACGGCGAAAUUGCCCUCCUCUACGCGACGGAUACUCUUCCCGCCUCAUUAGAAGAUGAAGCCGACAUCGCGCAAUACGAUGAAUUCCUACAUCAACCACCGGGACUGACAACGGGAACAGGUACGGUAUUUCGAAUGAUUGAUUUGAAGCCCGGGAAGAAGACGCCGAUGCAUCGGACUAUUAGUUUGGAUUACGGGAUUAUAUUGAAUGGGGAGGUGGAUUUAUUGCUUGAUUCGGGAUCGAGUCGGCGUUUGAAUCCGGGGGAUGUUUGUAUACAGCGUGGGACGGCGCAUUCCUUUAUAAAUCGCAGUGAUAAGGAGUGGUGUCGGAUGUUAUUUGUGUUUUUGCCGAUGCAGAAAUUGAGUUAUAAAGGGAGGGAACUUGGGGAGGAGGUUUAUGAUCAGGACUAUGAUGAUGAGGGAAAUGAGUGA